CAAAAGCACUUCCUUUCAGUGUCCAUGUUGAAGCCGUAAACACAUGGGCGAAUAACAGAAUAAUAAUUUACUCAAAAUGCGCAUUGAAAAGUGCUACUUUUGCUCCGGACCGAUUUACCCCGGUCACGGGAUGGUGUUUAUUCGUAAUGACUGCAAGGUUUUUAAAUUUUGCAGAUCAAAAUGUCACAAGAACUUCAAGAAGAAGCGCAAUCCAAGAAAGACCAGGUGGACCAAAGCGUUCAGAAAAGCCGCUGGCAAAGAACUGACAGUGGAUAAUUCACUGGAGUUUGAAAAGCGCAGAAAUAUCCCUGUGAAAUACCAGAGGCAGUUAUGGAACAAGACGGUGGAGGCCAUGAAGAAGGUAGAGUCCAUCAAACAGAAGCGACAGGCUCGCUUUAUCAUUAACAGGCUGAAGAAGGGCAAAGAGCUGGAGAAAGCAGAAGAUAUCAACGAAGUCAAGAAAAAUAUCCAUCUCAUCAGAGCAGCACAUGCAGGACAAACCAAAAAGCUGGAGGAGAAGAUGGUGCAGAAACUGGCAGAAGACGUGGAAAUGGCUGAUUAAAUAUUCCCCGGCACGAGCUUUGGUCGAAGAGGACGCUCAAAGAAAACAUCUUUACAUUUUGUAGGCUGUAAGACUUAAAAGUGACACUCUGAAGAGAGACGAUUCCUCACCUGUACCUGUGCAUCACUGCGCUUCAGCUCCCAGAGCCCCGUGGACGAGACGUUUAUACGGGAAUCUGGACAAGCUGAAAAACGUUUGUUCUUAUUUUUGAUAGAUUUUAGUUUGCCCUUAACAUUUAUAGGUCUGCACAGUGAAUGAAAUUGAAACCGGUGUCAUGCCGAAUGCCAUCAAUUUACUGCUCCAUUAACCAUUUACUGUAGAAUUGUCUCUGAAACUCACUUUCCUGCUUCUUGUUCUAUUUAACACGGAGAAACAUCUUCCUUUGGUCAAAAGGAUGAUGACGUUUAAACAGUAUGAAGUUUGUAAUAAAAUUCCAUCCCAACA